UCCUCAUUUGCCCUUUGAGUAGGAACUUGGGAUAUAAUAUAAAGCCCAAACUAUAGUAAACUCACUUGCAAUUGUUUCUUCUCUUCCUCUUCUUAAUUAGGUAUCACGUUCGUAUUCAAAUCAAUUUCUCAUUAUGCUAUGCUCUUUCCCUCUCUUUGUCAAGCCCCAUUAUAAUAGGCCUAUUUACCACUCCAUAGACCAAGCUGGCCAAGAGAAGAAAUCCAGAAACUUUAAUCCGAGUAUUGGUUCUUCUAGCUAUGGUCUUAAUAAUAGGCCUAAACCAAUUAGAACUUGCAUUUUAACUAACCAAGAAAAGCUUGAUCACAAACACCAAUAUUCCAAAGAUAUCAACUUUUAUGAUACUUCUCUAGCAAAGGAAAAACCUAAGCACGAUGAAGAUGGUUCUAAGAAGACAAAAUCAAGAGCUAUGAAGAUCUAUAGAGAAUUAAAGAAAGUUAAGCAGCCCAUUUCUCCUGGAGGUAGACUAUCAACUUUCUUUAACUCGCUUUUUACUAAUGGGAGAAAAACAAAGAUUUCUUCAAAUGAUCACGAGGAGAGAAAAUUAAGCAAGAGUAUUAUUAUUACUCCAUAUAAGCACAAGAAUUUGGACAUGGUCCAACAAAAUGUGGAGCAUAUAAACGGAAUUAAUACAAAUUAUGUUCAUGAAGAUCAUCAGCUAAAAUUCCACAAGAAUAUUGAAGUUGAAGAUGAAGAUGAAGAUAAAGAUGAUGAUGAAGAUGAAGAUAAAAAAGAUGAUGAUGAUGAAGGUGCAAGUUAUGCAAGCUCUGAUCUGUUUGAGCUUGAUAUCUUUUCUUCCAUUGGAAUAAUGGGAUUGCCCGUCUAUGAAACUACAAAUCUUGGUAUUAAUCUAGCCAUUAAUGCAAAUGGUAACUAAUUUGCUUUUGUAACUCUAAAUAAAUUUGGAAAAUUGGAUUGUUUGUUAUGAAAUAUAUUAUUAUGGA